GAGAUCAGUCUGAGAGUGAGGGAGCGCGAGCGAGUGUGAGUAAGUGAGUGAGCGAGUGUGUUGGUGAGAGUCGCGCGCGCCCUGCUCUGGAGCUACCCGCCUGCCCGCGCUCUGUCCCGGGACAGUUCGGACCUAAUGAGCCGCGCGAGCUUCUGGCAGCGCUCUGACCCGUGUUUACCGGACUUGUGUCGCGAGGCCUGAUAGCGUUUGGAGGAGCCCGUGCGCCCGUCCCGUUUCGGUUUCGCUCUGAGGACACCGCGCCUCUACCCAUGGACAAGACUCUCUCCAAAGUCCUCAAGCAGCCUCCCAGCACCACGUAACAUUUCCUCAAAGAACUCGUCCGGCGUCUGCUCCCAACAAACAUGGACUGUUUUCCCAUGCUUUAUUUUCUGUCGAGACAUCAUGAUUCCUGGUAAUCGAAUGCUGAUGGUCAUUUUAUUAUGCCAAGUCGUACUGGGAGAGAGCAACCAUGCUAGUUUGAUACCUGAGGAAGGGAAGAAGAAAGUGUCGGGUCAUCACCCGGGUCAGAGUCAUGAACUGCUGCGGGACUUUGAGGCCACGCUGCUGCACAUGUUCGGCCUGCAGAGGCGGCCACGGCCCAGCCGCUCAGCAGUGGUGCCCCAGUAUCUGCUGGACCUCUAUAGGCUUCAAUCGGGCGAGGCGGACGAGGCCGGAGCGCAAGAGGUCAACUUUGAGUACCCCGAGAGGUCCACGAGCCGAGCCAACACUGUAAGAGCAUUCCACCAUGAAGAGCACAUGGAGCAGGUGCCGUCAGACGGGCCAUACAUGACUGGCACUCCACUGCGCUUCAUCUUUAACCUCAGUAGCAUCCCAGAAGACGAGCUGCUGUCCACAGCCGAGCUGCGUUUGUACAGGCGGCAGAUCGAAGAGGCCAUCUCAGAGGUCCAGGACGAGGGAAACGAGGGCCUCCACCGGAUAAACGUGUACGAGGUGCUGAAGCCGCCGCGCUCUGGGCAGCUAAUCACGCGGCUUCUGGACACAAGACUGGUGCACCACAACACGUCCAGCUGGGAGAGCUUUGACGUGAGUCCAGCUGUGCUGCGCUGGACUCGCGACCGCUUGCCCAAUCACGGGCUGGCCUUGGAGGUGCUACACCUGAACCAAACGCCUCGGCACCAGGGCAAGCACGUCCGCAUCAGCCGCUCCCUGCACCAAGCUCCAGACGAAGACUGGGACCAGCUGCGCCCACUGUUGGUGACUUUUGGCCACGAUGGCAAAGGCCACCCGUUAACACGCAGGACCAAACGCAGCGCCAAGCAGCGAGGCCGCAAGCGCAAUCGCAACUGCCGGAGACAUGCGCUGUAUGUGGACUUCAGUGAUGUGGGCUGGAAUGACUGGAUAGUAGCCCCUCCUGGCUACCAGGCCUACUACUGUCAUGGGGAAUGCCCAUUCCCUCUGGCGGACCAUCUGAACUCCACUAACCACGCUAUUGUACAAACACUGGUCAACUCGGUGAACAGUAAUAUCCCCAAGGCCUGCUGCGUGCCCACUGAGCUCAGUGCCAUCUCAAUGCUCUACUUGGACGAGACUGACAGGGUGGUCCUGAAAAACUACCAAGAAAUGGUAGUGGAGGGCUGCGGCUGCCGCUAGCUGGGUUACGAAAAAGUCCAGCCGGCCCCAUUCUACGCUCAAAUAUCUUCACUUGGACGCUUAUUUAUAACGUUUAUUUUGAGAUGUAUGUUUGUCUCCUUUUUGUUUCCUUGACCAUAUGAUCAUAUAUUUUGACAAAAUAUAUAUAUAUUUAUAUCUACAUAUUAAAAAAAUAAAAGUGAGACCUUAUUUUAAACAUUAAUAAGAAUCUGUACAACUUUUCAUAAUGUAUAUUAGAGUGUAUAAGGGUUUUUAAAUGAGAAAAGAAUGCAAAAAAAACACCAAAAAAGUAAAGUAUGUAUACUGGUAAUAUUUAUUUCUUUCAUACUCUAUACAUUUACAAAAAAAAUGGGAAAUGCAUAACCUCCCAGCCAACUUCCUAUUUGAGCAGAUGAACAAAUGCAAUAUGCAUUAUUUGUGUACGAAAAUAGAGCACUGUGUGAAAUGCUGAACUGAUUUGUGUGAGGAAUCAGUUGAAGAAAUCAUAAAUGUACUUUGAUUUUAAUUCACGUUUUUGCAUCAACUUUUAGACAUGUGAUUUUAGAUGUCCCCAUAAUUUGUUCCUUUUUUAAAUAAAUGGUGAAACG